UCAGUUUCCCAUUGUACGGAUAAUUUGUGUAUUCCGGGAACAUCCCGAGAUGAUCAUGCAAUAAAAACGACGAACAAUAAGCGAGAAGAUGAACAAUUCAAUGAGAGGGUGAAAUCAUCUCUGUCGACAAUCGACGCUAUCGGCACCAUCGAAAAAAAAUCAUUGAUAAACAGUCCUCCAAAACUUAUUGCAUUAAUGCCAGUUGAAAAGGAUGCAGACUGCUAUAACAUGAAUCACAAAAAUCGCGGUAAGUGCAUAAUCUUCAAUCACGAAGAUUUCUCUAUGUCUACACAAAUGAAACGAGUGGGUUCCGCAAAGGAUGCAGAAAGAUUGCAAAAAACUUUUGGAGACCUCGGAUUUGACGUUGAACUUCACAAUGACUUUACAUUCUCCGAAAUACAAGACGUGCUAAAGAGAGUGAGUCAACUUGAUCAUACGGAUAAUGACUGCCUCUGUGUCAUUACAUUAACCCAUGGUCUGCAUAAGGACAUAAUAUGCGCGAACGACGUCAUGUAUACAUCCAACGAGCUUUGGAAGCCUUUUGCUGCCGACAAAUGUUUGACGCUUGCGGGCAAACCUAAAUUGUUUUUUAUCCAAGCUUGUAGAGGCGAUGAAUCCGAUGAUGGUAUUCAAUUGGUAGCCAAUCGAUCUUUAAGAGGAACGGAAACUGAUUCCAUUACUACAAGUUAUUCUAUUCCGAUUCACGCGGAUUUUCUGUUAGCUCACAGCUCAAUUGAAGGUUUUUAUACCUGGAGGAGUCCCUUUGAAGGAACAUGGUAUAUACAGUGCUUGUGCGACAUCUUAGAUGAACAUGGAACAACAAUGGAUUUGAUGAAAAUAUUGACUUUAACUGCGCGAAAGGUUGCCACAGAAUUUUCCUCUGUCAAUCUCGAGCAUAGAAUUUUACACAACAAGAAGCAGGUGCCGUCAGUGACGACGAUGCUGAUCAGAUCUGUUUAUUUUCCACCAAAAUCGAAGAAAUAAUUUUGCAGAGAAAUUGCAAAACAUUUUCAAAAAGACAGAAAUAAAUUGA